AUGCCGCAUCUACCAGGAGUCCACCGGCGCAAGAACUCGCUGACAGGCAGCGCGCGAUCCUCCGUCGACGAAUCACGGGGCGAUCAAGUUACGAGAGAGGACGAGACGGUCGUCGACGCAGAGCAGGGCAGCAUGCUCUCGCACAUCAUAUCACAACUGCGCCCCGGAGCCGACCUGAGUCGAGUCACGCUGCCUACCUUCAUCCUCGAGCCACGGUCGAUGCUGGAGCGUAUCACAAACUUCAUGGCCCACCCCGAGACGCUCCUUCCGCUGACCAAGAUUGACGAUCCUGUCCAGCGCUUCGUAGCAGUGACCAAGUUCUACCUCAGCGGGUGGCACAUCAAACCGCCGGGCGUCAAGAAGCCACUCAAUCCCAUCCUCGGCGAAAUCUUCACUGGCUACUGGGACUACCCUGACGGCACCAAAGGCUACUACAUUUCCGAGCAGACGUCGCAUCACCCGCCAAAGUCCAGCUACUUCUUCAUGGCGCCCGAGCACAACAUUCGGAUUGAUGGCACACUGAAGCCAAGAAGUAAGUUUCUUGGCAACUCCGCGGCGAGUAUGAUGGAGGGCAUUGCUGUGCUGAGGUUUUUGAACACGGGCGAGCGCUUCUUCGUCACACAGCCGAAUAUCUACGUACGCGGGAUACUGUUCGGCACCAUGAAAUAUGAGCUGGGAGACCACGCCUAUGUGCGAUGUCCUGAGACCGGCAUGGUGGCAGAUAUCGAGUUCAAAACGAAGGGCUACUUCAGCGGUGGCUACAAUGCCAUUGGUGGGUAUAUCAAGGAUAAGUCGGGCAAGAACCUUUUCGAGCUGUCGGGUUCAUGGAAUGAGGAUAUGUACAUCAAGGACUUGACGACUGGCAAGAAGGAGCUCUUCUUUGAUGCCUUGAAAACACGGCACACCCCACCGAAAGCACGACCACUGGAAGAGCAGGACGAGCGCGAGUCACAGCGACUUUGGCAUGACGUCACCGAGGCUGUAAAGCGCAGAGACCAAGAGACCGCCACCACUGCGAAAGCCAAGAUUGAGGACAGGCAAAGAGAGGAAACGGCGGCGAGAAACAACGAUAACAUCGAUUGGCACCCUCAGCUUUUCCGCGCUGUCAAAGGUGGGCCGGGUGGACCCGAAGAAGGAGAAGAGGAUCUCGAUUGGAUCCUCAACUCAAGGAUUGACGGCCAGACACCAGAAGAGCAGGUGAAGCAAAUUCUCCAGAUCCACAGCAUUCUACCAGGCCAGAAGCCGGAUAAGCAGUUCAGCAUUCCCCAGAGGAACAACAGCGUUCAGCAGGCUCCGGCACACCAGCAACCCGUAGUUGAGCAACAGCCCGUACAUGCAGAAACCGCUGCUCUGCCGCCACAACAGCAGCAACAACCGACGCGAGAGCCUGUGCAACAGGAACCACAGGUGCAGCAGGUGCAGCAGCAGCUCGCGGGUGUAGACCUGAACAAGUCAGCACCGCAAGCAGAAACAAGCAACGGUUAUGAGCCCAUCAGCUUCAGCCCCUACCAGGCCGACUCGGCAUACCCACCACCACCUGCGCAAAGUCAGACAACCGAAACAAACCCACCAAGCAAACUCUUGCACUCCAACCCAGCGUCCGAACCAACACGAGACGAUAAGCUGAGGCGAAAGGACAGUGAGACACAUGAGGAGGACGAGUUCCACGACGCGCAUUCGUAG